GCGCUGCAAGCCGUCUUCGACGCGGCGCAACCGAAGCUUUACGAUCGAAGUGACGCCGAGAUGAGGGACUGCCUGGGCUUCUUGGCGCAGGACUUCCAAGGCAGCGGCGUCACCGGCACGACGAAGCGGGAGGGCCAGGAGCUGCUGACGCUCAACUACUGCCGCCUCACAGCAGUGCUCUGGCGCGUGAUGGCCGAGCAGGCUGCGCUGGAGCUGCUGCGGCAGCUGGCCCAGGACUUUAGCGUUCGAGACCCCCGAAAGCUCUAUCAGUUAGCGAAGCGCGAGUUCCCCGAGCGGCCCGGCAUCACGCAGGCACUGGCCCGCUUCGCCCUCCAGGGGGACGUGGCCCGGCAGGUGCUGGCGCGGAAACCCAGAAGCCUGGGCAAGAGAGCGGCGGAGGGCCCCAACGACAGGCUGCAGGCGGACCUGAUCGAUUUCAGCCAGAACACCCGCAGCCGGAACAAGUACGGCCUGGUGGUCACGGACGUGUUCACCAGGGAGGCGGUGACCAGGCCGCUGCCCGACAAGAACGCGGCCACACUGGCCCGGGCCGCCGCGGAAGCCAUCUCGGAGCUGGUGGAGGGUGGCCCGCCACGGUGGCAGUGGGACGACCACGCCGCCAACGCCACGGAAGCCUACAAUGCAAGGCCACACGAAGCAGUGUACGCCGCGCCGGAGGACGUGGAGACACAGCCU